GGAAAGUUGGAAGGAAAUGCAUAAGCUGAAGUCUUCUCAGAAAGACAAAGUGAGGCAAUUUAUUGCAUUCACUCAGACGGGAGAAAAAACUGCGAUCAACUGCUUGAACUCACACGAAUGGACACUUGAUGUCGCAGUGGACAACUUUUUCCAAAAUCCAGAGAGAUAUUUCUGUGAACCCAAAGCAGUGACGGACAGAAAGAAGCUAGAUUUAUUAUAUCAUCGAUAUAGAGAUGCUCAUGAAGAAGAUAAAAUAACAGCUGAGGGGGUUGCUCGGUUCUUGGAAGAUCUCAGCCUAAGCCCUGACUCCAGAACAGUGCUCAUAAUUGCUUGGAAGUUCAAAGCAGCCACACAAUGUGAAUUCACGAGAGAAGAAUUUGUGCAGGGAAUGAUGGAAUUGGGGUGUGACAGUGUUGAUAAAUUAAGGAAUAAGUGUCCAUCUCUGGAGCAGGAAAUUCGGGAUGCUGUUCGUUUCAAAGAUUUCUACCAGUUUACUUUCAAUUAUGCCAAGAACCCAGGGCAGAAAAGUUUAGAUCUAGAUUAUGCUGUUGCCUAUUGGAAAAUUGUACUAUCAGGAAGAUUUAAGUUUUUAGAUCUGUGGUGUAAGUUUUUACAGGAACAUCACAAAAGGUCAAUUCCAAAGGACACAUGGAAUUUAUUGUUAGAGUUUAGCAAUAUGAUUGACGAUGAAAUGAGCAAUUAUGAUGAAGAGGGUGCCUGGCCGGUGUUAAUUGAUGAUUUUGUAGAAUACGCCAGACCAAUGAUCCAUGGGCGGAAGGGGACGGUCGUAUAACGCAGACUAGAUUCACUUAGACAACAACUGUGUAUAAUAGAGCAUGUUUCUGUACAAAAGUUUGGA